CAUGGAUAAGCUAUGUCUGUGUAGGUGUUCAGGCUAAAGAAGAAAGACUAAACAUCGCCAACUCAGCUGCCUGACCCGAAGAUUGUCCGGCAAUGGGAAUAUGUUUUAUGUAUAACUCCGCUUUCGAAUGGCUUAUCAUGUCGGCAUUGCUCAGAUUCUCUGGCCCGACUCCGGGCCAUGAUUCAUAUCCGUGCAAUUUAGCCUGAAUGGAUUGGGUGGUUAUGCAGAUAUCGGAAUAUCCCCGCGUCGGACGAGAUGAUCGGCUGCGGGACUUUCUCGAUUCGGGACUUCAUCUGUGGGGUUGGAAGUAAAAUGCUGGAGAUGCUGGGGCAAUGCCGACUUUUUACCCAGAGAUAGGUGACAGUGACGUACACAGCUCAAGGAAGACAGCUAGCUCCCCUUGCCAUUGAGAAUGCAAUUGCCCAAGGCUAUAAAUCGCAGCCCACUGCCGGGCUACAGGUGAAAAGUGCAGCUGCAGCAUUGUACCGCCGACAAUUGCCAUCAUGCCUGGUGCAGCAUCUAUCGUCGCAGUCCUGGCGGCCCUCUUGCCGACCGCUCUUGGUCAAGCAAACCAAAGCUACGUCGACUACAACACCGAAGCUAAUCCAGACCUGUUCCCCGAAUGUCUGGAGACCGGUGGCACAUCCUUUCCAGACUGCGAAAGUGGUCCUCUGAGCAAGACUCUGGUCUGCGACACUUCGGCAAAACCCCAUGAUCGAGCUGCCGCCCUUGUCUCCCUUCUGACCUUCGAGGAGCUCGUAAACAACACCGCCAACACAGGUCAUGGUGCCCCUAGAAUCGGCCUGCCCGCAUAUCAGGUGUGGAAUGAAGCUCUCCACGGUGUCGCCCACGCCGAUUUCAGCGACGCCGGCGACUUCAGCUGGUCCACCUCCUUCCCGCAGCCAAUCUCGACCAUGGCUGCCCUCAACCGCACCCUAAUUCACCAGAUUGCCACCAUCAUCUCCACGCAAGGACGCGCCUUCAUGAAUGCCGGCCGCUUCGGACUGGACGUCUACUCCCCCAACAUCAACACCUUCCGCCACCCCGUCUGGGGCCGCGGCCAGGAAACCCCCGGCGAAGACGCCUACUGCCUCGCCUCCACCUACGCAUACGAAUACAUCACCGGCAUCCAAGGCGGCGUCGAUGCCAACCCACUCAAACUCAUCGCAACCGCCAAACACUACGCCGGCUACGACAUCGAGAACUGGGCCAACCACUCCCGGCUCGGCAACGACAUGCAAAUCACCCAGCAAGACCUGGCCGAAUACUACACCCCACAAUUCCUCGUCGCCUCCCGCGACGCCAAAGUCCACAGCGUCAUGUGCUCCUAUAACGCCGUCAACGGCGUCCCCAGCUGCUCCAACUCCUUCUUCCUGCAAACUCUCCUCCGCGACUCCUUCGACUUCGUCGAAGACGGCUACGUCUCCGGCGACUGCGGCGCAGUCUACAACGUCUUCAACCCCCACGGCUACGCUGCCAACGAGUCCACCGCAGCCGCAGACUCCAUCCGCGCAGGAACCGACAUCGACUGCGGCGUUUCCUACCCACGUCACUUCCAAGAAUCCUUCCACGACCAAGAAGUCUCCCGACAAGACCUGGAACGAGGCGUCACCCGUCUCUACACCAACCUCAUCCGCGCCGGCUACUUCGACUCCAAAACCAGCCCGUACCGCAACAUAUCCUGGUCCGACGUCCUAUCCACAAACGCCCAGAACCUCACCUACGAAGCCGCCGCCCAAAGUAUCGUCCUACUCAAGAACGACGGCAUCCUCCCCCUCUCUACCACCACCACCUCAUUAAAUCGCACCACCACCACCAUCGCCCUAAUCGGACCCUGGGCCAACGCAACCACCCAAAUGCAAGGCAACUACUACGGCCCAGCCCCCUACUUAAUCAGCCCGCUGCAAGCCUUCCAACAAUCCUCCUCCUCCGAAGGAUACAAAGUCACCUACGCAAUAGGCACAAAUACAACCACCGACCCCACGCCCCACUCGCAAUCCGACGCCCUCACCACCGCUCAAGAAGCCGACCUCAUCAUCUUCGCCGGCGGCAUCGACAACACCCUCGAAACCGAAACCCAAGACCGCGCAAACAUCACCUGGCCCGCCAACCAACUCUCCCUCAUCACAAAACUAGCAGACCUAAACAAACCCCUCAUCGUCCUCCAAAUGGGCGCCGGCCAAGUCGACUCCUCCGCCCUGAAAGCAAACAAGAACGUCAACGCCCUCAUCUGGGGCGGAUACCCGGGUCAGUCGGGUGGGCUAGCCCUCAGGGAUAUUAUCACGGGCGAACGCGCCCCGGCAGCUAGGCUCGUUACGACUCAGUACCCGGCUGACUAUGCCGAGGUGUUCCCGGCUAUUGAUAUGGGUCUGAGACCGAAUGGGUCGAAUCCGGGUCAGACGUAUAUGUGGUAUACUGGGACGCCGGUUUAUGAGUUCGGGCAUGGGCUCUUUUAUACUAGCUUUCGUGUUUCUGCUGCUGCGGGUGGGAAUAAGAAUCGCACGUCGUUCAAUAUUGAGGAUGUUCUGGCCCGCCCGCAUCCCGGGUAUAAGUUGGUGGAGCAGAUGCCGUUGUUUAAUUUCACGGUGGAUGUUACCAAUACUGGAGACCGAGUGUCGGAUUAUACUGCUAUGGCGUUUGUCAAUACGACGACGGCUGGCCCGGCGCCGUAUCCCAAUGAGUGGCUGGUUGGGUUUGAUCGGUUGAGUGCUGUGGAGCCUGGGUCGUCCAAGACGAUGGUCAUUCCGGUGACGGUGGAUAGUCUGGCUCGUACUGAUGAGUUGGGUAAUCGUGUGUUGUAUCCUGGUCGGUAUGAGGUGGCGUUGAAUAAUGAGAGAGAUGUGGUCUUGGGCUUUACGCUCACGGGGGAGAAGGCUGUGUUGUUCAAGUGGCCUAAGGAGGAGCAGUUGAUUGCGCCGCAGUAGAUCGGAGGGAAGAAUUAUUCGGAUGUAAUGAUGUGACUUGCUAGAAGGUUACGAAGAUAGAAUACUGCUUUUAUGAUACUAUGUUCAUUCUAUAUGCAAUUUCAUGGUGAUCUAAACGUGGCUGGCUCCAAAUUUUGAAACACUCUUAAGACGUUAUAACUGUGGUUUCCUCCGUUAAAGAUUUUAUAAUGCAUCAUUGUUCU